GCUCAAGGGCUACGUGCAAUGCGCGUAGCUAGUUCAGGCCUUCCAUGAACCGAUGUGGCUUUUGGCUUUGCAUUGCUGCCUGCUUUUCUGUGGCAUUCAGUGCACGACCCAGUGGGCUGGCUGAUUCUGAUGAUGGUCCAGACAUGCGGCGCCAACAGCUCAGCAGGAGAACUCGUCAAGCAGUUCUGCAGACCAGACAGAGGUUUCGCCAGCGAAGACGACAAGGAAAUCAUUCAGAACCUGAGCUAGAUUCUGGGCCGGAUCCAGACGAGAGGGCAGAGGCCAUGAUGGCUGCAUGCAGUAGGGACAAGUACGACAACGUCGAAGUGAGAGACCUUCGUGGCUGUGUGGAAGAGCUGCAGAAGUAUGCCUCAUCCACGCGCAAUGGACUGAUACAGUCCAUAGAGGCCGAGAAGGUCUUCGUCAGGGAGUACCAGAAUGCCGCAAAAAAGCUGGCGUUCAUGGGAAACACUGAGCUCUUCUGGGCAGACAUCCAGAAGGAGCACAACAAUGCGCUGACCUUCCUCACAGAUGUUGCAUCCCAAGUGGAUGAGGAUGCGAAAGACCUCAAGGUGUACACAAAGCUGGUGAGGAAGAGGGAGGCGGAGCAAGCCAACAGAACUGAAGGUGAUGAGGAUGAGGAUGAGGAUGACGACGAGGAUGAAGACUCUGAAGAUGAAGAUGAAUCUUCUGGCAAAGAUGCGUCCAAGACAGGCCAGGCCACGACAGCAGCACCAAAGAAAAGAGAAGGAGAGGAUGAUGAUGAAUGACUGUCAUGGACAUCUCCAAGCAGCAGAUGGAUUCCUCCUGGCACUCCUGCCUGGGGUCCCUUGCGCGACCGUGAAGUGACUUUGAGGGGUAUCCAUUGUCGCUUGAAACGGGAGGCUUGCCUUAAUGGCAUGGUUGCCGGGAUGAAACACCUGCUUGCUGAAUCUGUUGCGCAGGGACAUGUUCUUCUUUAUUGAACGGAUGGUCCAUUCCUGGCGACUGCCUGGUGGGUGCGUUUGGCAGUAUUGAUGCGA